AUUUGUGGCGUGUCUCCACAGAUUAGAAGUGAAACGAUUUGGGAUCGUGUUUUGAGUGCCUUCUGUGAGUAAGAGAAAAUGGACGCGAGCGCUGCGAACCAGGACAGCGUGCCGCUCGGGUCUCCUUCAGUUCCGCCAGUGUCUCGUGACAACCGCGCCGAAUUCGCCGUCAGCUGCGGCGACUUCAAAACUCGUCUUGCCUCGGCAUUGGACUCAAUUUGGGAAACCGAAGACUUCGUUGACGUGACGCUGGCUUGCGAAGGCCGACGAUUGAAAGCUCAUCGUUUGGUGCUUUCAAUGGGGUCGGCCUACUUCAAGAGCAUCUUACGCGAUUGCGACGCGCGGUCGCAGCACCCCGUCAUAUUCUUCCGUGACAUUUCGUUUGCCGAUUUGAAGUCUGUCGUGGACUUCUUGUAUACUGGUUGUGUGACGGUGCGCGAUUGCAAUGUAUCCAGUUUCUUCAAAACGGCCCAGAGUCUGAGAGUAGAUGGGCUGACAUUUGUGCAACGAGAGCGGAAACCUCAGGACGAUGACGAACCCUUGUCUCUUUGUGUUGAUAGUCGAGGAGGAGUGAACUCCGUGUCAAAACGAGAAUAUGCGGAGGACGAGGAGGAGCCUCUUUGUAUGACGUACGAACCGCCUCCAGAGAAGAAAUCGAAACCGUGUACGAGCAACGGAGAGAUGUUUGGUGCCGGAGGACUGGUUGACUUCCAGCAAUUGGACGGGAUGUUCAAUAAGAUGGCGUCGUUUUGCGCUGACGGGUUUGAUUCCGGCCCCCAAGCCUUUUCCAGAUUCCAUCACGGUAAAGAAGAGAUGAGUGGUUUGAGCGAAGAACAGGCAUGGGAUCUCAACUACCGGUCAUCCGCGGAGACGAAUUCUGAUUCCGUUACUGAUCUAAGCAAUGGAGGAGCUCAACAGGUUGUUCAGCACGAGUGUAUCACUGCAGAUGAGGAGCAGCAAAUUGAAGUCGAGCCUCUUCCACUACAUCACAGUAAUACCCCGGUGACCACAACGUCUGCUUCGAAUGCAAUUUUACCGGUCAUAUCGUUGGAUUUGACGGAUGACGGGGCAGGGAUCGUGGCUUCGUCCCCAACCUCGGAGAUGAAUCUAACGAUGAAACGUGAAGACGCGAGUAAUGGACAUUCGGACGCCGCUGGAUCCGCCAGUAGUGACCAAGAGCUUUCUCAAGAUCAAACAAGUAAUUGUUCCGGGAAAGGAAAAGAGGUGACGUGCGGACAGUGCGGAAAGGCGUACGUGAACAUCAGGUCGUUACAAAUGCAUCGGAAAGUUCACACGGGAGAGACGACGUGUCCAAUAUGCCACAAAAUAAUGAACCGGACGAGUGACAUUAAACGACAUAUUCAAAUGGUGCACUAUGCGAACAAGUGCGGCGGGUCUGGUGCCGUUUCUCCGCUGGACAAUCGUCUGAAAUACUGAUCUCGACCGGUCUUCUCAUGUAGCCUAUAUAAUCUUUCAUAGAGUUGAGUUCGUUCGACUGUAGUUUUGAAAUUUGACUUCAUGAAUAAGGUUUUAAUCAAGACAACUUUCCAAUGACAAUACGAGGAAGGAAAAAAAGAAUUUAUCGUUUAUCAAAGAACGAAAAGUUAUAUCUUAGAAGUGAAGGGAUUCGGAAGGCGGCAGUGAUUUAUGUUAAACGCAGAAUAAUCAUGAACGUUCUUGCCUUGCUCAACUGAACUCGCUCUAUGAAAAAUGGCAUGAUGGAAUCUCGCAGAAUAGCUUUCGAAUUCGCACUAGGGAUCAUAUAGUGCAUGAAAUGUUUUUGAAAUUUGAGGUUUUACGUCGCCCUUGCUUGCGAGCCGGUUUUUUUAUAUGAGGCUUGGCAACGUUGUUCCGUCUCCUUGUAUUUAUCCAUUUACGAGGCUUUCAUUGAUCUUUCGCCUGCUGAUGUUUUCGGCCAGCUGAUCCUGGACGAGAUUAAUCGUUUUGCUAUUGAUCGAGAUGAAAAAGAAUUUUAUGCAUUUCAAGAGCAAUUAAGGUUUAAAGAUAAAGACUUGUUCCCCUACAGCUGUAUUGGAAUUAUCUUUUUUCUUUGACCAUAAUUUGUGCUCUUUUCACGAAUUGUUUCCAAUUUGGCGAUGUACAAUAACAAAUUUAAUUAAGUUUUCUUCUGUAAUCGUUCAUUACGAAUUUCCUGAUGAUGUUUAAUUCAUUACUAGAAGUGACAGCGAGUGGAAGUUCAGUGAAAGCUACAUUUUUUUCAUUCAUUCAGCAGUGUGAUAUUGUUUCUAGAAGAACCCUUCUUGGGUUCAGGGUGCUGAGUUCUUAGUGGAAAGAAAAAUGAGAACGUGUUUUUUUCGGCGGUGAUUUUGUACAGCGUUCGGCAAUAGCCUCACGAUCGAAGGGGAAGUUGUUCCUUGAGGCGAGGCCUGUAUUUCUAGUCGAUUUUUUUUUUUUCGGAUGGGCCAUUGUCGCUCCAGGGAGAAAAAAUCUUGUAGUGUAUGCAAACCGUGGUUGGGCUUGUGGAAGAUGUGACAUCUUUCGGAGAGAGAGAUGAUUGUGAUAUGGGAAGAUGGACGGAUAGUUAUCGUCCUGGAUUGUUGGCUCAGGACCUCGGGCUGAACCGUUCUGUUCUUAUUCAAUGGGGACAAUUUUUUUCAAUUUUUUCUGUAAUGUUUUCAUCAGGCGGAUCGAAGCCGACAGUUUCAAUAAAAUACUGUAAUUGAAGUAUUUUUUAGCGCGGCCUUGACGUGUAGCUCUUGUGGCAUAUGUUCGGAAAUUCACAUUUUGGAUGACCCAUCAAGUUCAGUGUUCAUUCACAAUGCUGAUGUUCACUUCAUCGUCGAUUCGAGUACAUUUUUUUUUUCAUGAGUACAUUCCGUGAUUUUUCUCUUCUUGCACAAUUUUGUGAAUCGGCUGCGGGGGAGAAAAUUAUUUGUUGACUUGAUUUUCUUUGCGUGGAAGAUUUUAGUGCGCUGCGAUGCAAUCUUGGGGAAUCUAUUGGUGAUUUCUUCUGGAAACAGUGCUAUGAACAGCAAAAAAAAACCUGGUGGAAAUUUCCAAGGUUCUAUGAUUGGAUGUAGACGCAGUCCCGGAUUAGGGAAUUAGAGAGCUCACGAGUUCGGCAUUGUUUUUUUCUGCGGUUUCAGCCCGAGUGUACUUUAGAAGAUGACCUCGCUGCAGUCUUGCAUCGAACUUACUCAAAUGCAACGAAAAAUGUUCAGAGUCUCCCAAACUAUAGCGAGAAGCAAUCGCGAUUUUUUGUGUCAUUUGUCUUCUUUCUCACGGUCAAUAAGAUUCGGAUGAACGAUGGAAAGUAUUUCCAGCUG